GUGUGGCUGAGGAGGCGGGAAAUGGCGACUAGUGGUGCAGUGAAUAAAAUCUAAUUUAAUAACAUUACAGAGCAGAGCGAAGAAAAAGCGGCUUUACACUGAACAAGCCGGACAUUGGAACUGUGUCUACAACCGCCAACAAGACCCAGACAUCACUCAGACUGGAUUACGGGCUUUAACAUUGUAGAUGUGACCGUACAAUAUCAUGAAGCUGAGAAUGCGUGAGGCAUCUCGGCCACCAAACCCGCCUUGCGUCCGACGACGAGCUCGAAAACCCAAGCGGAGAGGCUUACGAUGCUCACUCGGAGGAAAGGGAUUUCUGAAGACUAUCAUCCCUCAUGACGCUGUGAAGAAGAAACCACGAGGAGCCAAGAGGAGUCGUGUGACCUGUGACCUCAUCACGUCGUCCCCUCAAAGCAUCAGUGUCUGCAGGAAACGAGUAGGACGCAGAAGCCGCUCCGUUAACCAGGAAACCAGGAAGUGUGAUGCUAUUAAACAGACCAAGAACAGUGUGAAGCUGGAGGCUGGAGAUGCUUUGGACAGUCCUCCUCGAACCACUGUACUGGGAACCGUGUUCUCUCCUGUCUUCAACUACUUCUCCCCGGCCAACAGAACAGGUUUGGACCUGCCGGGUCAGGCCAUGGAGGCUGAGGAGAUUAUAAAGCAGUUGGACAUGGAGCAGGUGGAGGACGUGCCGAUGGGGGCUGCCGCAUCACCACCAGGACAGUGUGGCCCAAACUUCCCCAGUGCCAUGUCCCCCUACUACAGCCACACUGAGAGAGGGGAGGAAGAGGAUGUGGCCAAUCACUCUGAUAUGCCUCCUCUCACAGCUGCAGGAUAUCCAUCAGUCAGUGGUUAUGUGGAGGUUCCUGCAUGUGUUCCUGACCCGUCGUGUGAGGAGGAAUGGGAGGUGUUUGACCCAUAUUUUUUCAUCAAGCAUGUACCCCCACUAACCGAGGAGCAGCUGACACGUAAACCUGCACUGCCUUUAAAGACACGCAGCACACCCGAGUUCUCCCUCGUCAUAGACCUGGACGAAACUUUAGUUCAUUGCAGUCUGAACGAGCUUGAAGAUGCAGCACUGACGUUCCCCGUCCUUUUCCAAGAUGUUAUUUACCAGGUUUACGUGCGCUUAAGGCCCUUUUUUAGAGAAUUCCUCCAGCGGAUGUCUCAGAUUUAUGAGAUCAUUCUUUUCACUGCGUCGAAGAAAGUGUACGCGGAUAAGUUGCUGAACAUUCUCGAUCCGAAGAAGGAGUUAGUUCGGCACAGGUUAUUUCGCGAACAUUGUGUCUGUGUCCAGGGCAACUACAUCAAAGAUCUGAAUAUUCUCGGGAGAGAUCUUUCGAAGACCAUCAUUAUCGACAACUCGCCACAAGCAUUUGCGUAUCAGCUGUCUAAUGGGAUCCCGAUUGAAAGCUGGUUCAUGGACAAGAACGACAACGAACUUCUCAAGCUGGUGCCUUUUCUAGAAAAGCUGGUGGAGUUGGAUGAGGAUGUGCGGCCACAUGUACGUGAGCGCUUUCGUCUGCACGACCUGCUGCCUCCUGACUGAAGCGUGAGUCCCGGGACGUCUGCAGCCAAACGCGAGUAAUAAAGACUGACGAGGACGGCAGAAAACCAGCCUUUUUAUGGGGAUCGGGGGGGCGGGGUGUUUCUUUCCUGCUGUUACAGUAGUGAUAAGAGGGGGAAAAAAAGCAGAUUAAAUAGGAUUUAUGAAUUGUGGUGUUAAUGAGGCUGUCCCCGAGUUUCAGCACUCGAGUGAUUGUUCGCUUUUGUUUUUGCAUGUGCUUGCUCUGUCUUUUCACUCGCUUCUUCUGUUGAAGUGGAAGAGCACAAUCUUAAGGAGGAUGAUCCCCAUUUAUUUUAUUUUAUUAUUUUGUUAAUCAUCUUGAAGCAUAUUAUUCUUUGACAAUUAUGUAUUCUUCAGUAAUUACAAUGAAACCGAUUGGAAAACUGUGUAGAUAGGAACGUAAGUCUGGAACAGGCAAACAUUUAAAGGGAUUUAAUACACUUUCUGUCCACUUUAAUAGGAACACCUGAAACCCUGCUGAAUUAUGGUGAUUUUUCUGUAUUCACCUCUUAGUCAGGGAGCGUCUGCUACUGCAUGAAGUCAGAUUCUUGUUUCCUUUGCUGACUGCAUUUGGAUUUCUGCUGGUAGACUCAAUCCGGCCCAAGGUUUUCACACAUUUACAGAAAUGCUCUUCUGCUCACAAUAGUGGCAAAGAGCAGUUGUCUGUCUUUAGAAUUCCUAUCAGCUCUAACCAGAUUUGUCGCGAGUUUUUUUUUGCAUCAUCGUGUGUAGAGACUGUUUUGUGUGUGUGUGUGUGUGUGUGUGUGUGUGUGUGUGUGUGUGUGUGUGUGUGUGUGUGUGUGAAAAUCCCGGGAACCAUUCUGAAACCAACAACCAUUUAACAUCUACAGGCAAUGAGGUCACAUUUCUUUCCCAUUUAGAUGUUUGGCAUGAUUGAUUGGUGAAUUGGAAAUGCUUUACACCGGUGUCCCUAUUAAAGUGGCCAGUCUUUUCUUCUUCUUUUUUUUUUUUUUUUUUUUUUUAAGCUACUUAAGGUUUUAUAAGAAUUUUUAACAUCUGCACCUUCGAGACUUGUCAUUAAUACUCAAGUUACGAUUCCAAGAACGCCACUCAAGGUUGCGUUAUUUCUUCUUUUUCUUUUUAGAUAUUUACGUUUUUAUUACAUUCUUAUUUUUAUUAUUUGUAUUAGAUAUAUCUAUUUUUGUAAAUCAGUGUUCAUGGUCCAUUAUGGUUUAGUGUUCAAUUGUAAAUAAGCAAUUUUGAGGGAAAUGUUGACCACAAAAAGUAGCACAAAAGGUUUUUUUUGACUAGAAAUUCCCUGAGAUCACCUGAGAAAAUGGGUCUUAGCAACAGCAGCAUGGACUGAAAUGAUCUAAAAAAUAAAAAAAAAAAUUUGCAAAUUAACAAAUGACACUUUUAACUUAGUUAAAUAGUUAAUAAUCUCAUAAUGAGUGAGUGAGACACUAUACUGACAAAUGUUUGUGGAAACCUGACUAUAAGAUUCUUCUGUGCUUUUUGACCAUCCCAUUCCACAUUUAGUCCUCACUUUUCUGGGAAAAGGUUCCACCAGGUUUUGGAGUAUAGCUGUGGAUUUGUUUUCUUUUGGGCCACGAGGAUGGUAGUAAAGUCAGGUACUGAUGUAGAGUGUGGAGGCCUGGGGUGCAGACAGGAUUUCACCUCAUCCCAAAGGUAAUGAGGUGAGAGCUCUUUACUGACUCUCAGUGCUUCCACUCAUUAAAACCAUAUCUUCAUGGAGCUGGUGUUGUCAUGCUGGAACAGGUGGGUCUUCUAGUACAAGUCAAGGGAAAAUUAAAUUCUGCUGUUUUCCAAAGACAGCCGGUACAAUUGUGUGCCUCCUGUGUGGUAACCGUUUGGAGAAGAAACAUAUAUGGCUGGAAAAGUCAGGAAUUUCAGUACAUUUGUCCUUUUAGUUCAUUUUACAUGUUUUGUCUUUACUCAGAUGUUGCAGUGUUGUUCUAAGGGUUUUUUUAAAGCACUUUUUAUGCUUUGUUUAAAGUCCAUCAUGGUUAUCCAAAGGUUUGGGAAGCAUAUCCAAGGAGUCGGUUUUAAUUUCAAUAUAAUUUUUGAUUUUAGUCCAUUUAUUUACAGUUUAAUUAAAAAAAAAAAAAAGUUAAAUGUCUGCAGCAAGUUUGAAAAUCCCUGGUCUAAAGGGUAAUUUUUAAGUAUUUGGAUCCUUGUUUGCUUUUUAAAUAAAACACACACACACAAACACACACA